CCACUCUUGACGAUAAAAAACUUGUAAGCCUCUUAAAACAGACAUGGAUCUUUCAAACUUACAUUGAUCUAGUUACUGGUUGCACGCAAAAACGGUACGAUCCAGUUCAUGUCACCAGAAGAUGGCUUGAUCGUAAAAGAAUUAAAAAACAAACAUGUUGGCACUGAAGAAAAACAAGGUUACUUUGUUGGUCUAUUUGUGCAUAACAACCAUUUGUGCGUCUGUACUUCAACAGGCGAUUUAUCAUAUACACCUUUAGAUGCUAAAGAAACUUGUACAAUAACCAAUUUGGGAUCCAACCUGGAAAUUAUGCGCAAUCAUCCGGUGCAGACACACAUAUUUGCUAUAGGAGGCAAGGAUCAAGACUUGCGUGUUUACAACAUUGAGGAACUGCUGAAAGACAAGGAGUUUGAAGUGACAGAUACUGCAGGACCACAAAAGAAUACCUCUACUCACAAAAAGAAGUCUACAAAGAAUACAGGAUUGAUUUUCCAAGCCAAGAACGUUAAAAAUGACUUUUUAGACCUUCAACAGCCUGUAUGGAUUCAUGAUCUUCAGUUUAUGAACAAAGAAGCUACCAAGAUUGUUGUUUCAACACAUUAUCACCAAUUCCGCUUAUACGAUACAAAGGCCGGCAGACGACCAGUCAUCAAUGCAGAGAUCGGCAAGCAUCCAAUCAAGGUGUUAUCUGUCGGAAAGGACUUUAACCAUGUUCUGUUUGCGGAUACAAUGGGAACUGUAGGCACUAUUGAUAUUCGCACAGGCAAACGUGCUGCUCAAUACAAGGGAUUUACCGGUGCCUGUACUGCACUAGCAACGGCUCCUCAGCCAGAAUUUGAAGAGGAGAAUAACAACUCAAAGGAACAAUUUGUGAUAAGCACAUCUUUAGAUAGAUUCUUACGAAUCCAUGAAACAUCGACUGUAUACCGCAACAUUGUAGAAAAGAACUAUCUGAAGCAGAGACUGACGUGCUUAUUGGUAGAUCAAGACUUUGUGUACCCUCUUCCAAAAUCAUCAGAGGAAGAAGAAGAUGAUGAAGAUCUUUGGGAGUCAAUGGAAGUGGUUGAUGAUCGUAAGCGAAAGCGUCAUGGAUAAUAGAAUAAAGGACUGGUUUAAACUCUCUUUUUUGACUCAUAUCCGUCGGGGACAUGCGGCUUCAGGGAGGGGCUCUGUCUCCCGAUUGGUGUUGUCUAC